UUAAAUAAAAAAAAAGCAAAACAAACGCGUCUCUCCGCAGACAAAUCGGGACUUUGAGUGGAGGUUUACAUUUCCAACAUAGAACACCAAGUCUUCCCUCACAAAAGGGAAAUCGUUUGUGUUUUAUUUCAAUGGUGGGGUAUUUCGUAACCAACCAGAAGAAGGAAAUUGGCCAACGUCCUUGGUGGAGGGGAAGAAAAAUUUAUCAUUGUCGGAUGUAUACAAAUUUAACCUAACUUGUUGUUUUAACCUUCCGGUUGUAAAUUGUAUUCUCAAGCAGCAUAACUUUCAAAGCCCUUUUUCAGGCUCUUUUCUCUCGGUCGUGCCUAGUUACACAGCUACUCUGCUGUUAUUAUUGAUCAGUUAUAUCUGUUCUUCUUUUCUGUCUCGCUUGAUCAGCGAUUUCAGUUCUUUUCUCUGUUUGAUUGUGCUCUGCAUGUGCAAGCACGGUUGUUUUUUCUGUAAUUUGUAACUGCCUGUUGGGUUUUUCCAAUUUUAAAAACUUUAGAAGACGGUAAUGAUUGCAGAGAAGCUAGUUUAAAAAAUGGCUACAUUGUGUUUGUCUGGAACGUACACCCAUAAUCCAUCUUUGGAAUUAAAUUCAAGCAUUUGUUUUCCCGUAUUCAAAUCCAACGUUACACAAGUGAAGGUGCGCAGAAACGCAGCAGGAAACAGCUGUCAUUUACAUGACAAAAUUUCUGUCAAAUAUAAGCAUGCAAGGCCAGCACUGGGUUCUAGCGAUGAUAUUCGGGCUUUAGAAGAAAUAAAGGGGGUCUCAGAAGAUGGUAAUUCGGAAUCGAUUGCCAGAGAUUCGAACUCGUUGCCUAGACCUUUGUCAAUAUCAGAUUUAUCAGUUCCGGUGAGAGAAAGGUCACAGCUACGUGUUGCAUACCAGGGUCUCCCUGGAGCAUUUAGUGAGGCUGCUGCUGCUAAAGCGUAUCCUAAAUGUGAUGCAGUUCCUUGUGAACAGUUUGAAACUGUUUUUGAGGCUGUGGAGCUCUGGCUAGUUGAUAGGGCUGUCUUGCCUAUUGAAAAUUCGCUAGUGGGGAGUAUCCAUCGCAAUUAUGACCUAUUACUCCGGCAUAGGUUGCAUAUUGUUGGUGAAGUACAAUUUACAGUACGUCACUGCUUGUUAGGAGUUCAUGGAGUGAAGAAGGAGGAACUUCGGCGAGUGCUUAGUCAUCCACAGGCUCUUGCACAAUGUGAGCACACAUUGUCAAGGUUAGGCAUUAUUAGGGAAGCUGUUGAUGACACGGCAGUUGCAGCAAAGUUUGUUGCACUCCACAAACUUCAUGAUACAGGAGCAGUUGCUAGUGCAAGAGCUGCAGAAAUUUAUGGUUUGGACAUCCUUGCGAAGGAUAUACAGGAUGUGUCUGAUAAUGUUAGUCGUUUUCUCAUGUUAGCAAGGGAACCCAUAAUACCUCGAGUAGAUAGGCCUUUUAAGACAAGUAUAGUGUUUACUCUAGAAGAAGGACCUGGAGUUCUUUUCAAGGCACUUGCUGUCUUUGCCAUGCGAGAAAUCAAUCUGACAAAGAUAGAGAGCCGUCCCCAAAGAAAACGGCCAUUACGUGUAAUGGAUGGUUGCAACAAUGGGUCUGCCAAGUAUUUUGAUUAUCUUUUCUAUGUUGAUUUUGAAGCUUCAAUGGCUGAUGCACGGGCACAAAAUGCUCUUGGGCACCUACAGGAAUUUGCAACAUUCAUGAGAGUACUUGGAAGUUACCCUAUGGAUGUGAGCUCAAGUGACUGAUUGGCUAGAGACUUGAUUUUGGAGGAAUUGGCCAGGGUGUUAUUGUUUCAAUUGAAUGUAGUUGUAUAAUUACAUGGUAGCUUACCUAAAACUGAAGUGGGUAAGUUAUCGGGGUAAAUGACGAACAAAUUAUAUUUGCACAUUUGAACAUAUUUGUAUUUAGUUGUAGUCAAAGAGUUAAACAUCAUUUGCAAUUACCUCAUGCAAUGUUAUUAUAUAUCUUUGUUGGCACAUUAAAAUUUCUCAAAGGUGGACUAAAAUUACUUCUUUAAGCCUGUUGAGAAGAAAUGUGUACAAUUGAUUUCUCCUAGAAUCAUGUAAAGUGUACCUCAUUAUUAUGUAUUUUAUUUGUAUAUUAUUAUUGCCU